CAAUCUAUAUAACUAUAUGUCAUUGGUGAAAUGACGAAUUAUCUGAUUUGGCAGCACUGGCUGUUAUUGUCAGUUAUAAUUCUUUCUGUCAAAUGUCAAAGGUCUCAAAUCAAAGUGCUAGUAAAAUGGCAAAUCGUGCUGGAGCUUCUAGGCGUUUGCCUGAAAAUGAUUCCACAAUUUCCUAUGUUCAAGCAGAUGGAUUGGCUGUUAUGAAAAUAGUGAAACACUGCCAUGAAGAGUCCACCACAAACAUGGAUAUUGCUCAAGGGGCUUUACUGGGUUUGGUUGUAGAUAAUCGCCUUGAAAUAACAAAUUGUUUUCCAUUCCCCAAACAAACAGAUGAAACUAUGGACGAGGAUGAAUACCAAUUAGCAAUGAUGAGAAGACUUCGGAGGGUCAAUGUAGAUCAUUUUCACGUAGGAUGGUACCAGAGUGCGGAUGUAGGAAAUUUUCUGAGCCUUCCAUUAUUGGAAUCUCAAUUUCACUAUCAAACAUCAAUUGAAGAGUCUGUAGUCGUUAUUUAUGAUACACAGAAGUCUUCUAGAGGAUUUCUUACUCUUAAAGCUUACCGUUUAACUCCACAAGCUAUUGAAAUGUGCAAGGAAGGAGAGUCUACUCCAGAGGCUUUGUUGAAGUUAAAGGUUGGGUUUGAGAAUCUCUUUAUAGAGGUACCAUUCUUGAUUAAAAACUCUCCUCUGUGUAACAUCAUGAUGUCAGAGUUGGCGGAAUUAGUCCCAGAAGAAGAAGGUUCUAAAUUCUUAGACUUAGGAACUGCUUCUGUCCUUGAAGGUCAGCUUAGAUGUCUUAUGGAUAGGGUGGAUGAAUUGAAUCAAGAAGCUAUUAAAUUUAACAGAUAUCAGCAACUUGUCAGUAGACAACAGCAAGACAAACAUCGUUAUUUACAAAAGAGAACUCAAGAAAACGCUGCUAGAGCUGCUAAAGAUGAACCUCCACUACCUGAAGAGGACAUUAAUAAACUGUUCAAACCUCAUCCUGUUCCUCCAAGGUUAAACCCUAUGAUAAUUGCAGGACAGGUUAACACUUACAGUCAAGCUAUCUCUCAGUUCUGUUCGCAAUCCUUGGCUAAACUUUAUAUUACGCAAGCUUUACAGAACGCUAAAGAAGCAAAUAAUAAUAUAUAGGAUAAUAAUUUUUUUGUAUCCAACUGAAUAAACUACAAAUAAAACAUAU